AUGUUUGGCGUAUCGGGCUCGGAUGCAUCGCUUUUUUGGGAGCCAUCUCUAUCCGUCACUGAGCAAAACCUGGCAGACCGAGUUAGGUACAUCCUGCGCUCCAACAUAUUUGGUGACGCCCAACUCGAGCGACUACGACGUGAGGCUAUUCCUUCAUCGAAUGGAAAUGCUACGGCUGGGAAUACGGCGCUACUAGAUGCGCAACAAACUGCAUAUGUGGAUGCUGCCGUCAAUAUUCCAUUUGUGGCUAAUUCAGACGAUGAUGGAAUAGUCUUCCACGAACUAGAGAAAAUGAGGAUCAUAUUGGAAGAGUCAAUGCUGGAAACGCGCAGCAUGCCUCUCGAAAAUCGACUGCGACUUCCCCGCAUACCCCUUAGCAAGCGAAAUCGGGCUGUCGUGCGGGCUCUUAACCCAAUGCUGGUGACCUAUUUGGAAGCCAGCCGGGACCUUUGCGAGACGGAUUCAAUUCUUUUUGGCGCCGCACUGGCAAUAUGCCGUAUUAUUGGCGCCAAACUUCCCGUGGCUGGACGUGCUACUCAAAAAAGUAGCGCCAUCCCAGCCUGGAGAAAAAGAUAUGAGGACCGUAUCGCAAAGGCAAGGGCCCUUAUCGGCAGACUGACAAGCUUCAGGUCGGGUAAUAAUAGACCGAGGAUUAUGCGCACCGUUAGGAUGGCGUUUGCUGGGACAAAUAUCAGUUUGUUCCAACCGGAUAUCACGCAAAAACUAACGGAGCGCAUAGAUGACCUGAAGCAAAAAAUCGCUGCUUGGGGGAAGCGGAUUCGACGAUUUAGCAAGAGGUCAAGGCGGUUCAACCAGAAUCGUCUCUUCCAGAGUGAUCAGAAGAGGCUCUAUAAAUCAUUGGAGCGACCAGAGGUAUGUGGAGCGGGCCCAGGACCGGAUUAG